UGCCGCGGCGGGGCGGGCCGAGGGGCCGCCGGGAGCGCACCGGGAGCGCACCGGGAGCGCGGCGGAGCGAUCGCCGGCCCUGCCGAGUCGAGCCGGGCCGGACCGGGCGGGAGCGGGGCUCCCAUCAGCCACGAGAGCCAGGAUGAACGUGGGAACGGCACACAGCGAGGUGAACCCCAACACCCGAGUCAUGAACAGCCGCGGCAUCUGGCUGUCCUACGUGCUGGGCAUCGGGCUGCUGCACGUCGUGCUCCUGAGCAUCCCCUUCUUCAGCGUCCCUGUGGUCUGGACUCUCACCAACAUCAUCCACAACCUGAGCAUGUACAUCUUCCUGCACACCGUGAAGGGAACCCCCUUCGAGACCCCGGACCAGGGCAAGGCCCGGCUGCUCACGCACUGGGAGCAGAUGGAUUAUGGAGUCCAGUUCACCGCUUCCCGCAAGUUCCUCACCAUCAUGCCCAUCGUCCUGUAUUUUCUAACCAGCUUUUACACCAAGUAUGACCGGAUACACUUCAUCAUCAACACCAUCUCCCUCAUGAGUGUCCUGAUCCCCAAACUGCCUCAGUUCCACGGAGUCCGGAUCUUUGGGAUCAACAAGUACUGAGCGGCAUGGCUGGAGCGGAUGGCGGAGGAGCGGGGCAAAGGGAGGAUUCCUUCUCUCCAGCCCCGUUUCCUCCUUCACGCAGACUGGAUGUGGUUUCGCAGCGGCUGUUUAAAUGCAGAUCCCAACAGACACAUUCUGCAUGCUGGAUCCUCGUGCCCAAUAAAUCCAAACCAGCUCCAGAGUAGUUUAGUGCGGAGCAGGACGCGCAACACCGGAUUUCUCUUAUCCCAGGGUCAUCAGUAGAUGCAAAACCACUGAGACUUUGAGGUACAGGAUGAAUUCUGGGAAGAGUCUCAUCUAUUCCAGACGUGGAAUGACGAGGAUAGGGAUGAGGGGAAAAGCUUUUAGUGCUGGUACUAUUGCUGUGGUAAAUGCACUUUAAAAUACAUUUCCCUUCCUGAAGCUGGGUGCUUUGAGCAGAACAUGGGGGAAAUCCAAAGGGAUACAGCCAGACUUUCCCAGGACUGGAUUGUUUUGGGGUCUGAUUUCCAGUUUUAGGUAGGAAGUGGGAGGGGGAAGUGAACAACAAAUUUUUAUUCUGCAAUCGUUGACACCGCUGAGAAGGGAAGUUGUUUUCCUAAAAACAGCCCAGGAAGGAAUGACCUCCAUUUUGACAAAGCUUUUGGUUUCCUACAGCACCAUCCGUGUGGUCCAGGGAAAAGGUGGAUAGAUCCUAAAUUAUGCCCAUUAUUUUCAGUUUAUGCCUAAAUCUGCCCAGGUAACUCCUCUCCCCAUCCCAACCUGCUGUUUUUAAGUGCCCAGGGGCUCAGUGAGCAUUUGGAUCAAGGGCUGGGGACAGGUUCUUUAUUAACCAACAACAAAUGCCAUGGAGCUCCUUGGAACAUGGACAUGGACAGGUGUGGGAGAGGCUGACGAUGGACAGGUACAGGAGGAGGGCUGAUUGCUCUAAUCAAGCACUCAGCCAUCCUUGAUUUCAUUGGAAUUUGUCUCCUCACUUCAGCUCCUUGGUGGCUUAAGUGCAUGUGACUGGGAUUUACCAGUUCUCCAUGGACUCAAGGGAAGCGAGGGUUGGAUUUCUGGCUUACCUGGAAAUCUGUCCCUCAGCUCCACGCCCAAGGGCUGUGUGAGCAGCAGCACCAGCAGCAGAUGAAUUGACCAGCAGAAGGAGUUAAUGGGUCACUGAUAAUAGAGUCACAGAGGAACAAAAUUGAGCCUUUUCCCUCUAAAAUUACCACCUAAAUAAAGCAGGCUUAGGUUUCCUGGCUGAGACAGCUUUUUACUGUUUUACUGAAAAUCAGAAUUACCUGUUUUUCCUUUGCGUUGUGUCCCAAAUGGAAUGGGUUUUCCCUCAGUCUUCCCCUGUAACCCCACGAAAACCUGUAUUUUUGUUGUCUUAGUGCUUAUAAUGUCUCACCUUUUUUGACAAUGGUAUAAAUCUUUUAAAUCUGCUUUUUUUUCCCCUGCAGUAGCAAAUCCAGCUUUAGAGUCCAUGGUGGAGAGUGUUGAGGUUUUGGAUGUUCUGAGCAUAGGAUAUGGAAGGGGGAAUUUCAGAUCUGUUAUUACUCCAUGCAUAAUUUUAGGCAAGUUGCUUCACUUCUCUCUCAGACUUCCUAUGGGACUGCUACAGGGAAGGGAAAAUACGGCGUGUACCUCAGAGGGCUGCUGGAAUGCAGGGAGAAUCAUUCCCUAAUAUGUUUGAAAAGUGGAAAUUCAAGUGAAAAGGAGGUAGAAGCAGGUAGAAGGAGAAGAGAGUUUGGCUGGGACCCCAGGGUGUUGACAGAUGUGCAACUUCCUUGAUGGGCAGGUUAAACCUUCAAACCCAGGACAGAAGAGCUGCUGCUUUAGCUGAGGUACUCUUUUACCCUUAUCGGCUCUUUAAGCUACUAGACAAUGAUAAUUGUGAUCAAAAUAGAGAUAUUUCAUCAAUCAGCUGGGAAAUGACACAGACAUGAGCAGUAUUCCUGCGGGAAAGGCCACUCCAAGGGGGGCAGGUCCUGGCAGGGUGGCUGAGGCUGGACCUGAAAUGCUGACUGUGGUGCUGAACAGACCUGAGUGUCUGCCCAGACACCACUUCCAUCUCCAGGGGAAACGAAAGAAAACUAAUUAUUGUCUUAGAAAACAUGGGGAAAACCAUCUUUUUUGCAGCAGAAACAGUCUUUAGAUGCUUUCAAACAUUUCCUCACAGACAGACAUAUGCUGGGUAUUUCUAAGCAUAUGCACAUCACAGAACUGUAAAUUUAGAAUAAUUAUCAGUUGAAGGGAUCGGCUUUUUUUGAUACAACAAUUCCCAGAGUCUCCUUGAAGGCAUUAGGACAGCUGUGGCUUUGAACACAUUACUUGUGGACACUAUGGACAUCUGACCCUGUUUCUUUAAAUUAAAGAUCAACUGAGAUGCAGAAUGGGAUUAUAAACUUCUCAAACAAGCAGGUUCUAAAGCCUAAAGCCCCAAACUUGUAAUUAAGGCUUUGCCUAGCAACAAAAGUAAACUUUUUUUUUAUUUCUCUCCUUCACACAAAUGAUCAUAACAGCCGAUGCCGGAGUCACGUGACACUACAACACAGGUGUGGUGUUUUCCCAUGGAAUAACUAACUUGGACUCAGUGAAUCCAAUCAAGGGAAACAUAAAUGGAAACUGGAGACAUAUGGAAAGGAGAGAGUUGAAGAAAGAUUUCACGUUCUGUUGUGGAGAGUUAAGUAUCUAUAUAUGAUGAAUAAGUGUUUGAACAAUUACACAUCGGGUAGAAUCUUUCUGAAGAUCCUGGCUUAAGGGUAGGUGUCAGGAUCAAUUAAAACUAAACUAAAACUAAAAAGCAGUAAGUUAAUUGUAAUUAAAGCACCGUUCUUGGGUGUACCUGAGGCAGUCUGAAGUGAAAGGACAGCGUGGGCAGGCUGAGGGGUGGUCAGACGUGUCCUGGCAGGGGACAGAUCAGGGGUGAAGCCACAUUGUGGGAGGAGAAACAAAACGUGAGCAGAGCUCCUUCUUUGAGAGCGGAGUUUUCCCCAGGUGCCUGCAUGGAGGAGAUAACUGAUCAUUACUGAUUUUAAAUGGGGUUCUGAUCACACCACACUUGACAGGUUUCCUCUCACAUUUGUCCUGCAUCGUGAUCAGGGCAAGUUCUCACCUGGAGGGAUCAAAUCUCCUGUGACAGAGAAACAAUUCCUGGUAAGAAGGUACUUUUCUCUUUUGUUCUGCAAUGAAGGAGAAAAGCUUUUGAAAGGCUGGAAUGCUUCUCAGGAGCUGGCAGCAGCCUGUCCCAUCUUGUACUGGGCAAAGCCUCCUCAGCCACUGUCAGCACUACGCAUGUAUCCACGAGGUACGGCAGCCCCUGCUCCAGGACACUCGGAAAACCAGCAAGUCCUCCCAGCCUGAUGCUCCUGAAUCAGCAAUCCUGGCUUGGGAGUUGUUUCACAGAGCUACCAGGCUGGCAAACAGUCCAAACCUUUGCAGAAAAAAGCCUUUAAAAUAAACUAGAUGGAGGGCUAUUUAAUUCUUGAGUACUUUUAUGUUUGAAUUACUGUUCAAUUUGGGGUUGUUUUUAGAAGCUCGGUACUGGCCCUCAAGGAGGGGACAGCAGUGGGUUAACACAUUAAUAUUCCUCCUUGUGACUUAUGUUGCUUUAUCAUUGCCUAGAAUAUCUUUUAAGCAUGCGAGUGUUGGUGUGUCCAUACCCUCCUUGGAUCAGUUAAAUCAGCUGAAUUAGUUGGGAGGGUUUUUUAAAGGAAUGUUCUGUACAAAGUUUUAGGGGUUUUUUUCCCAAUAGCCUUCUUUUUGCUGUGGAUACAGGAGUCUCAUGUAGAGAACUUUCUAAAAUAAAAGUGUGAAUAUUUUUAUUACUCCUUUGUACAGUAUUCUAAGAGAGACUAAUAAAAGUGAACUAUUCAGGUAAAAACUUG